UACUAGAAAUAUCAUCAUAUAGAGGAAAAACAUGUCUCGUACGGUUGCCUUUGGUAGAGAUGUGCUAGGGGCACCAGAUGUUGAUAUAGAGGACCUACUUGCCUGCCUCUCCCCCUCCGAGGUUCAAGCUUUAUUGGACGAGCUGGCCAGUGAUCCAGACGAUAAACAUGUUCCAGCCAGUGUCAGAACUUCCUACAGAUGCGAGAAGAACCCUACGGGAGAUCUAGACAGAGGGUCCCUGAUUACAUACAUCAAAGGGGAGGCUGUAAAACAUCCAGAUAAAGAAGAAGAAGUAAAGUUUGAGCUUGGGUUUAAACGAGGAAAAGUUUAUGAGCCAAAGUAUACUCAAGAGGAAUUGGAUUUGAUGAAGAGAGAAGCAGAUAUUGCUGAAAAGGUUAGGUUGGAUGAGGAUGAGGAGAUGGCUCUAUCCUCUGCUUCCCUUGAGGAUAUAAUGAAUCUAGCUGAUAUACUGAAUACAAAUCCACAGAACUUCAUUAGAGAAGCAUACUCCGACCCAUUGCCGUUCUUUCCUCCAGAACCACCAAACCAAACCAACCCGAAGAUUACUGACUUUGCUGUGUCUACUCUUUGCCUUGCUCUGGAGCAAAACUCGGCGUUAAAAUCGCUAAAUCUUGAAUCCAACAGAAUAUCUCCGGACACUGUUGCUGCUUUGUUUGAAUCUCUUGCAUCAAGGAAGAAUGGUAUUCUUGAAGUUAGGAUAAGUGGUCAGCAACAACAAAAAAUGGGAUUCAGGGUUGAGAGUAAGAUAGCGAAUGCUGUGCAGUUGAACCCCAGGUUGCUCAGAAUUGGAAUCGAUUUUCAGUUCCCAGAAGUAAUUAACAGGGUGUCCAAGCAUCUAAUAUCCAACAUGGACAAGUUACGAAUCCAGAGACAGGUCAAGGAAGAAAAAUCGGAAAUAAACUGGACACCAUGCAGAACUAUUGAUCAGACAAAUAUCCAGGAACAAGAACAGGAACUGGGGCAGGAACAAGAGCAAAAUCAGGGAGAGGAACAGGAGCAAGAGAAAGACCAGGAACAGGAGCAGAAACACGAUCAGGAACUGGAGGAUGAACAGAAACAGGAAUCGGAGAAAGAGCAGGAAGAAGAGGAACAGGAGGAAAGUUAAAUCAUUUUGCAUGCAUGAGAAACUAAAACUAAAUAUAUGGUUGUCAUAAA